UGCUCUGAGCAGCAUUAAUUUAACACUAUGGAUUUUACAGCGUAGAGUAAGUGAUGCCAUCUACAGAGUCUAAUCAGAAGUGCUGACGGCUGAAACACAACCUAUCUGCACAUCAUCUAAACCACACGCCCCUUUCAAGACAAAGGCCUAAUUUCACAAAAAUGGAUGCCAUUUGUGUUCCUUAUGCACGUUAUCUACACUGCCAUUUAAAGGUUUGGGGUUGUGCAGCAGCGGCUCAUGGGGGGGCCAAGGAGGGGGGAAGUCUCUUAAAACCCUUCCACCGUCCACCACCCUACUUUCCUGUCCCGGAUUACUGCCGCCUGUGCUCGCUCCCUCUGCUCCACGUGAAGAUGUGUUCUCUGGGCUUCGCCAGGUCUCUGGGUUUUGCCCUCAUCCCUCUCGCCACCUGCUGCAUCGUGGCAAACAUCCUGCUCUUCUUUCCUGACGGAAAGAUGAACUUCGUAAAGGAUGAACAUGUGACCACAUAUGUCUGGUACUUUAUGGGAAUCGGAGGAGGUGGUUUGGUGAUGCUGAUACCGGCCUGCGUGUUUCUGGGAAUGGGGAAGUGUGCGGAUUCCUGCGGAACAGACAGCUGUGCGAUGUGUGGUUCGGUGUUCGCGGCUCUGCUGGGAUUAGCCGGCUCUGCAUACUGCUUCCUGAUCUCUGCUGUGGCGCUCUUUAAGGGGCCGUAUUGCUUCACUCAGAUGGGAUGGAGGUAUCCUUUUGAGAAUGAUGGUGGAAGGUAUCUGUUUGCUCGAGAGAAAUGGUCUUUCUGCAUUCAGCCGGCACACAUUGUUGAGUGGAAUGUGACGCUGCUGUCCAUCCUGUUGGGUCUCAGCACCCUGGAGUUCCUCCUCUGUUUCCUGCAGCUCGUCAGCGGAUUGGUUAAUGCAGUGUGCCGGCCAUGCUGCUACAAACAGGAGUACAGUCUAAACGGUUGAGGACGCUCGAGUGUUUCCCAGCCUCAGUCAGUCAGAAACAGGGCUGCUCAUCUGCAGCAGAGCCACACUUCAUGACACACAAACAGCUAUACGUUACUUUGGAUUA